CUAGUGGCAGGGGGAGUACCAGAAUGGAGGGCACCUGCUGGUACUGCAAGAAGAUAGGGCAUCCUUGGUUCAAGUGCUUCAGCAGGCUGGAGGGAUGGGCACCUCCAGGCAUGAAGCCGCCCAGUGGUGAACGCGCACAAGGUGGCGCUGUGCAAGGCUCAGGAGAAAAGGGGGAAGUUGGAGGCUUCUGGAAGAUGGGGUGUGCACUUGGGGAUUGCAAAGGAUCACAAGGGGUGGCUGCUAUGGGACCUGACCACCCAGAAGCUGACAGUGUCAAGAGAUGUGAAGAGUGGAGAGAUGCUCUUGAGUUGCUAUACUGACGCUAGCUUCAACUCAGUGAAAGCGGAUGGCACCAGCAUUGGGGGUUAUGUGUG